AUGGUCACUGUCCCUACAGAAUAUCUAUCCCAUGAAGCCAUCAAAAAGAAAUCCUAUACCAACCUUGUAGAGGCUCGUCAGAAAGCUGAAGUGGCAGGCCAAGAAGCAGACUUACAAGAAUCAAUUCGAAAUUUUGUCCGCCAACAAUGCAAUGGCUGCACCCCCUAUUCAUGGCAAGUGGACGCCGCUGAGGCCUUUACUUUGGGACUCGACUGCACCAUUAUUGCUGGCACAGGAUCUGGAAAGACUUUGGCUUAUGUCAUGCCAUCCUUCAUACAGAAGGAUGGCAUGACAGUCGUUAUAUCGCCGUUGAAAACUAUAGAAGAGGAACAGGCCGAUCAGUUUCGUGCAUGGGGCAUACAGUCAGUUGCAGUAAAUGGAGACACAUAUAAUCAAGACUUACACAAGGAGCUCGAGGACCUUAAAUAUCAAAUAUUGUUAGCAUCACCAGAAUUGACAAUUGAAAACCCCCAAUUCAAUGCAUUGUUGUGCUCACCUGCUUUUCAGAAACAUGUACUUGGAUACAUAGUUGACGAAGCCCACUGUAUCUCACAGUGGGGAGGUGACUUUCGGCCAGUGUAUGCUAAAUUAGAUAGGCUCUGUUCAUUUGUGCCUCUAGGCACACCUAUAUAUGCAAUGUCAGCUACAAUAUCCCCUGCUGUCUUGGCCGAGGAGCUUUGCAUCAUUGCUGGCUCCACAGACUAUUCAGCCCUUGAUUUCAUUGUCAAAGAUGCACAGGCUGCCAAUGAAAUACCACGGGCACUCAUCUUUGUUAACACUGUUAGUCAGUCCCAGGCUGGCUUUUGGAGACUCCACGGAAUUGUAUCUGACCAACUAAAGAGUCAAAUCAGUUAUUUGAAUGCCAGGCGCUCGCCACGCACCAGGAAAACUGUCUUGCGUGACUUUUGUGAAGGAAAAAUAAGGGUCAUGUUUGUGACCAAAAUAGGUGGCAUGGGACUCGACAUACCAGAUGUCGAGUUGGUGAUCCAAUUUGGAGUCCCAUCAUCACUGCCAGUAUGGCUCCAAAGAGCAGGCCGAGCUGUCCGCAACUUCAGUCUUCAAGGACAUGCUAUAAUGAUGGUUGAAGCGUCAGUGCUUCAACGCGUUAGUAAAAAAAAGAAAGGCAGAACUGGAGAAGAGAACUUAGAGUCAGAAGAUGAGCUUGAAGACUCAGACCACGAGAUUGGAAUAGAGAAAGAUCCAAUGUACCGCAAGAAAAUACAAUGA